AUCCCCCCACCCGCGCCCCCACCCUCGCCCUUUCAGGCAAUCCAGGGAAAGGCUCUUUUGAUUGUACAUAGCGAAUCCAUGUCGCCUGGAAACAGACGGACAUGGGCGCUCAUAUUUCUGUUGAUUAUUUCAAACUUUUACAUCGAAACCUCCGCGUCCAAGCUGGACCCUUUUGCGGCUAAGAAGAAGCGCAUGAGUGAGAAAGUUCGAAAGAUGUUUUACCAUGCCUAUGACAACUAUAUGAUGUAUGCUUUUCCGCAUGAUGAAUUAAAGCCUCUGACCAAAUCUUUCACAGAUUCUCUGAGUGAGCUUGGAAAUUUGAAGCUUGAACAUCUACCACAAGGGUAUAACGGAUCAGCUCUCAGCCUCAUUGAAUCACUUUCCAGCCUUGCGAUCUUGGGAAACCAUACUGAGUUUGAAAAGGCUGUUCUUUGGCUAUCAGAAAAUCUAUCAUUCGAUGUUGAUGCGAGGAUAAAUCUUUUUGAGUGCAACAUAAGAGUACUUGGAGGACUUGUGUCUGCUCAUAUUCUUGCAACUGAUUCUACAAACAGGUUAACUAAAGGAACUUACAAAAAUCAACUUCUUGUCCUGGCUAAGGAGUUGGGACAGCGGUUUUUACCUGCAUUUGAUACCCCCACCGGACUGCCUUAUGCAUGGAUCAAUUUAAAGUACGGCGUGAUGGAGAACGAGACAACCGAAACAAGCACAUCUGGUUGUGGUUCUCUAAUUCUUGAAAUGGGAGCACUAUCACAUUUGACUGGUGACCCAAGAUUUGAAUCUGCUGCUUUACGUGCUCUACACAAGUUGUGGAGCAUGAGGAGUUCUUUAAAUCUUUUGGGGACAACUCUUGAUGUAGAAACUGGGGAGUGGAUUGAACACUCAUCUGGAAUUGGGGCUGGGGUUGAUUCCUUUUACGAAUACCUUCUUAAAGCCCACCUUUUAUUUGGAAGGGACGAACUUUGGAGGAUGUUUCAGUCUGCGUACCUUGCUGUACAAAAAUAUUUUAGACAUGGCCCUUGGUACCAUGAAGCCGACAUGAGGACAGGAAGAGCAACAUAUUGGCAACUUACCAGCCUUCAAGCCUUUUGGCCCGGUCUUCAGGUUCUUGUUGGGGACGUUCCUGCUGCUAACUCAUCACAUCGAGAAUUUUUCUAUGUAUGGCAGAAGUUUGGAGUUUUACCAGAGAGAUAUCUUCUUGACCGUCAAAUGCUGCACCCUACUGAGAAAUACUAUCCAUUACGGCCAGAGUUGGCAGAAUCAACAUUUUACCUAUAUCAAGCAACCAAAGAUCCGUGGUAUCUCGAAGUGGGCGAGUCGAUUGUGGAUUCGCUGAAUUUGCACACACGAGUUGAAGGUGGCUUUGCUAGCAUUAGAGAUGUGACAACGAUGGAAUUGGAAGAUCAUCAGCAUAGUUUCUUCCUUGCUGAGACGUGCAAAUACUUGUAUCUUCUCUUUGAUGAUUCAUUCUUGGUCAAUAAAAAUUACAUAUUCACAACGGAAGGACACCCUCUGCCUAUUUUAAGCUCUUGGCAUGAGAGACUUCCUGAGGCCUAUCUCCCCAGUAAUUGGACAUCCGUUAAGAGUGAAGAGCAACCGAAACGAGCUAGUGCAAUGUCUUUGAGAAUUUGUCCAGCUUCCACACUGAACUACAGAAACAGCCGUCCGCCGCUUGAGAGCGUUUGCCAUAUCCCUGAUGCGCGUUCCGACCACAGAUGUCUCAGUGAUGAGGAUUGUGGUGUCGAUUCAACCACCUGUAGAAGAAGAUCGUGUAGCAUGGCUGGCUACUGUGGGCUAUGGCUGUCCAUAUGAGAGAGCUUUAUACGGGCAAGUAAUUUGUUCUUGCAGAAAAUUCUUUCAAGAUCGGAAAUAAAGAAAGCCCUUUUCUUGGAAACCACAGGAUUAAAGUUAUUAGCUUCAUAGGUAUGUUCUUACACCAUUCAGUA